AUGGCUGGCCUUCCUCCCGUCUACAUCGUCUCCGCCGCGAGAACCCCCAUCGGGUCGUUCCUUGGCUCCCUCUCCAGCUUGAGCGCGACUCAGCUGGGCUCUUCCGCCAUCAAGGGUGCCGUUGAGAGAGCCGGCAUCAAGCCCGAGGACGUUGAGGAAGUCUUCUUUGGCAAUGUCCUGUCCGCCAACCUUGGCCAGGGCCCGGCCCGCCAGGCUGCCAUCGGCGCCGGCCUCCCCCAGUCCACCAUCUGCACGACGGUGAACAAGGUGUGCGCCUCGUCUCUCAAGGCAAUCAUCCUCGGCGCGCAGAACAUCAUGCUCGGCACAUCGUCCGUCGUCGUCGCCGCCGGCGCCGAGUCCAUGUCCAACACGCCGCACUACCUGCCCAACCUCCGUACCGGCGCCAAGUACGGCGACCAGACGCUCGUCGACGGCGUCCUCAAGGACGGCCUGACCGAUGCCUACAAGAAGGAGCACAUGGGCCUCCAGGGCGAGCUGUGCGCCGACGACCACGACCUCUCGCGCGAGGCCCAGGACGAGUACGCCAUCAACUCGUACAAGAAGGCCCAGGCCGCCACCGAGGCCGGCCUCUUCAAGGAGAUUGUCCCCGUCGAGGUCAGCGGCGGCCGCGGCAAGCCCCCCGUCAAGGUCGACCGCGACGACGAGGUCAAGAACCUCAACGUCGACAAGCUGAAGGCCAUGCGCCCGGCCUUCAAGUCCGACGGCUCCAUCACGGCCCCCAACGCCGCCCCCAUCAACGACGGCGCCGCCGCCGUCGUCCUCAUGUCCGAGGCCAAGGUCAAGGAGCUCGGCGUCAAGCCCAUCGCCAAGAUCCUCGGCUGGGGCGACGCCGAGCGUGAGCCCGAGCGCUUCACCAUCGCUCCGUCCCUGGCCGUCCCCAAGGCCAUCAAGCACGCCGGCCUCACCGAAAAGGACAUCGACUUUUACGAGAUCAACGAGGCCUUCUCCGUCGUCGCCCUCGCCAACAUCAAGCUGCUGGGCCUCGACGCCGACAAGGUCAACGUCUACGGCGGCUCCGUCGCCAUCGGCCACCCCCUGGGCUGCUCCGGCGCCCGCAUCGUCACCACCCUGACCUCGGUCCUCAAGGAGAAGGGCGCCAAGAUUGGCUGCGCCGGCAUUUGCAACGGCGGCGGCGGCGCCUCCGCGCUGGUCAUCGAGAACCUGCAAUGA